AUGCGGUCUGUAGCGCUUCUGCUCCUCGGAUUCUCGAGCGCUGCAUCAACGGUCAGGGCACAACUACAAGGAUUCAACUAUGGAGCAACGUUCGAAGACGGGUCCUGCCGUCUAGCAUCAGACUUCGUUGGAACUUUCAAUAGCGCUCACAAUCUAGCUGGCACAGAUGGCAGCUUUACAUCUGCACGGCUCUACACGACCAUCCAGUGUGGCACGACGAAUGAGCCAAUAUCGGCAAUUCAAGCUGCGAUCGACACCGACACCUCGUUGCUUUUGGGCCUCUGGGCUAGCGCAGGUGACACCAUUUUCGACAAUGAGAUCGCUGCACUGUCAAGUGCGGUGGCGCAGUAUGGCUCAGCAUUUACCGAUCGGAUUAUCGGUAUCAGUGUUGGGUCAGAGGAUCUCUAUCGCUCUAGCCCACAGGGCAUCGCAAACGAAGCAGGUGUUGGGGUGGACUCUGCAACCAUCGUCAGGUAUAUCAAUCGUGUCAAGGAUCUUGCCAGCCAAACACCACUUUUGCAGGGAAAGUCAAUAGGCCAUGUGGAUACGUGGACCGCUUGGGUAUUACCUGAGAACGCACCUGUUGCAAAUGCAGUGGACUGGCUGGGCUACAAUUCCUUCCCGUAUUUUGAGGAUACUCUUCCAAACUCGAUCGAGGACGCCGAGAGCGUGUUCUUCAAUGCUCUCGGAGCCACUGAGGGAGUUAGUGGUGGAAAGCCAGUCUGGGUCACCGAGACUGGGUGGCCUCACUCUGGACCAACCUCGAAUCUCGCUGUUGCAUCUGUCGAGAACGCUCAGACCUACUGGUCUUCGGUCGGAUGUGGUUUAUUCGGACAGAGAAAUAUAUGGUGGUACACGCUCUCUGAUGCGAAUACUGCACAGACUGAGAUCUCAUUUGGAGUUGCGGGAGCGGGAAACCCACCUUCAACAACUCCAAUCUAUGAUCUCUCAUGCUAG